UGUCUGAUUCUCUAUGAUUGUCCAAUGUUCGUUCCAUCAGUCACGAGACAAAUGUAAGAAAAAUCGAAAAUACGUCUCAAAGUGAUACAAAAUUUUAUUUUAAAUUCGUGUUGUGGCUGAAUGUGACUUGUAUGUGUAGAUGUUUUACGAAAAUGCUAACGUUAGUUGCAUUUGAUCUCUUGUGAAAAGCUGGUGUCAAAGUACGAUUCAACUAAUGAAUGAUGCAGUCUAUUUUCUGGACAGGGAGACUGUUAUCACGUGCUUUACGAAAUGGACUAUCGAGUUUCUCAAGUGCUGCUGAAUUAAACGUUUCAUCAAGGAAACAUCCUUAUUUAGUUUCAGUGGUUUGUGGAUUUCCUAAAGACAUUGCUAAUGGAAGAACACGCAAAGGACAGUUCGGUGACGACGCAUGGUUCUCCACCAAUUCUAGCAACGCGGAUGUCAUUGGUGUGGCUGAUGGUGUAGGAGGAUGGCGUGCUUACGGCAUCGACCCCGGCGAGUUCUCCUCGUACCUCAUGAGGACAUGCGAGAGGCUCGUCCAGAUGGGACACUUCAAGAUGUCCGAACCGGGAGACUUACUGGCCAAGUCUUAUUAUGAAUUAUUGGAACACAAGAAACCAAUACUGGGCAGCAGCACAGCAUGUGUGAUGAUCCUAGACCGGCCAGAAAGCGUGAUGCGCGCGGCCAACAUCGGCGACAGCGGCUACAUGGUGGUCCGCGGGAGCCGCGUGGUGCACCGCUCGCAUGAACAGCAGCACUAUUUCAACACGCCGUACCAGCUCAGCCUGCCGCCUCCGGGACACGACCGGAAUGUGCUAAGUGAUAGGCCAGAAUCAGCGGAGACGUCAGAGUUCUCAGUGGAGUGCGGCGACGUGAUCCUAGUCGCUACUGACGGCGUGUUCGACAACGUGCCGGAGCCGGUGCUGGUGGCGGAGAUGCGGCGCGCGCAGGGCCUCGCCGGCGACACGCAGCGCCUGCAGGCCGUCGCCAACUCCAUCGCGUGGAUGGCGCGCAACUUGUCCUUCGAUGGCUGCUAUAUGUCGCCCUUCGCCAAGAGCGCGCGACAGAAUGGCAUUGAUGCUAUUGGGGGAAAACCGGACGACAUAACGGUGCUACUUGCAAUUGUAGCGCUAUGAAAAUGUCCCCAUGUGAUUUAUGUAGCUAGAUUCUAGGUACAUUUUUGUUCAAAAUUACUACAAAAUUUAGUUAAUUAAUAGUGAUAACAAAUGAAGUUUGGACCUUUUUUUUGUAAUUGAUCUGUAAUUAUUUUUUCGAAUGUCUUUGGUUACAAAGUGCAGGAGGUGCCCACUUCAAGCAAUGUUUCAUUGCGAUUUAUUAUGAGACAGAUAUUUUCGAAAAUCUGUUUUGUAUGUAUAUUCGUCAUUUAAUUAUUACAUUGUGCAUAUUAAUGUGUAAAUAAAUACCUUUUGUACUAUAUGACUUCAGUUUUGUAAUAAUAAAUAUUUCUGUAUGAUCUCAAAGUUGUUUGUAUGUUUUUAUAAUUGUACAGGGCGAGUCAUCAAUAGGACACCUCCUAAACUUGAUUCUGUCAACUAUUAGUUAUACAAUAGAAUUGUUUAUUCAGAGUCAUCACGCUGUGACGCCAUGAUCUGACUGUCUGCUUCUAAAUAAUUGUGAUUCGAAUGAAACUGCUUUGUGUUUGUUGAUGACAUGAUGUAAACGAAGCAGUUUAUUUUGUGUAAGAUUAGAGAAUUCUGAAAGUAAUUGGGUCAGCGAAAGUUACCGUGACCUAGAUAAACAAUGUUUUGCACAGAUCUACUUAUGCUAUCUGUUAAGAUUGUACAAACAUCUUUGUGAAUUCAUAACACCUGCUGUAAAAACACAAGUGAUGCUAAACUUGUGUUUUACUUCAGAUGAAUGUUAGAACAAAAUGUUUGAAGUGAAACAAACAUAGCCACCAUUUUUAUUUAGUUGGCCCAAUUGUACAAAAUAGUAGUAUAUAAUUUAAUUACCAAUUGCGUGAUUUGAAAGAUGAUGAUACUUCGUAAAUUGAUUUUUUUAAUCAGCUGUGUCUUGGAAUUGAGUGUGAAAGUUUGAAUGAAGACUGAAUACAACUAGAUUUAAUGUUCUUGUUGUUACUAGUAGUUUUAAUGAUGUUACGAAACUAUGUUUGAAACGUUCACAACUAACGGUUCUAUGUAAGACACUUAAUUGUUCUUUUUAUAAAUUUUUAUGUAAAUUAUAUGUGUAAUGAUUGUAUGUCUCAUUAUUUUUUAUAAAACAUUCAGACCUUUGUCGCAGCUGUUAAUUAUUUUUCGACUUAGUACCUAAAACCAAACACAUUUUAGAUGUAGAUUAUUAGAAAAUUUGACACAUGAAUUUUAUGAAAUCGAAGUAGUUAACUUAUAGCUGCAAUCGUUUGUAAAGAGCACUUGACGAUAAUAUAUAUUAAUCGUGGCUAAAGCGCUACUUACAAGUCUUGUUAUAAAAAAAACAGACUCGUUCCCCGACUUGUUUUUAGUAAUAAAACUAAAAGGUGCAUUUAUACUUGAUAAUACAUCAGAAGAGUUAAACUUAUCUGCAUUUGUUUUGCAAGUGUCGUUUUAGCCGUGACCUCAAUGUUAUUGAUAGUGUUAGCUAAAUCAGUGACAGGUCUUUGAGACAAUAUUUGGUUAUUCUCAGGCUGUGGCUAAUUAUUUGUAAAUAAAAAUCGCAUACAGAUUACCAUGCAGCUUUUAUUAAUUUGCUGUAUGUAACAAGUUACUGAAUAAUCGCAUUAUCAUUGACCUGAUCCCUAUCAUCUUUCAAUUAUAUCUGUGAAAAUUGCGUGGAAUUAGAAUAAACAAUUCUGAUUACGA